AUGCAGAACAGGAAGGCGGGCGGGCGGCGCAUGAAGGCAGGAGCUCCUGAAAAUGGCUCCACCGUACCGCGCACCGUGGCCGAUCUGGGUCCAGUUGCUCCCCCAAGAUCAAGCAUUGCCCGUUUCGGGCUAGCUGUGGUGCUGUCCAAGGAGGCGGUGGGGAACGAUGCUGGCCAGAAAGAGGCCCCGAGAGUACACAAUGGCACAUUGCCCAGCGCGCCGCCUCCGUCUUUUUUCUGUUUGGAUUCAAGCGGAUUCGGAAACACUACCCCGAGCCUACUGUAGCCUGAUCUUGUUCCUUGCGAUGCCCCCCAGGAUAUGGAUGGCAGACAGCAGCCGCCCGCGCGGUGCGCAUCGAAAUUACGGAGCAAAUGGAAACAGCCCAUUGUGCGCUAACUCUCCGAGAGACGGCGCGGGGAGGAAAAGAUGCUGUGCGCCGAGUAUAGAAAAAGGCCCAGAUCCAAGUCACGCGCUCGGCACAGACGAGGCCAUCCAGGGGGCGUCUCAAAC